UCCGCGGUUGCAGCUAUGGGCGUGGUCAUGUCUAUGCGGUCACGGCCGUGGGCGGGGUCAGAUCUGGGCGGGCUCCUUGUGUUUGAACUGCACCUCCCGGUCAGUGCUGCCUGUCAUGUCUCGCUUCAGGAGGGGGGGAAUGACCGGGGACCCCCGGGCUGGUUUCCGGGACCAGAAGGACAAGGAGUCGGCUGUACCGCAGGGACUGAUCAAAGCGGCGAGAAAGAGCGGACAGUUAAACCUGUCAGGAAGAGGCCUGAGCGAGGUCCCAGUGAGCGUUUGGAGGAUAAACGUGGACACCCCGGAGGAGGCGCACAGCAACGUCCAGUUUGACGCGUCGGAUCGAUGGUGGGAGCAGACGGAUCUAUUGAAGCUCUUCCUGUCGUCCAAUAAGCUGCAGUCUCUGCCCGACGACCUGAUGCUUCUUCCCGCCCUCGUGGUGCUCGAUGUGCAUGACAACCUGCUGUCGGAGCUUCCUGGGGCCAUCGGAGAGCUGGUCAACCUGCAGAAGCUGAAUAUCAGUCACAAUAAGCUGAAGUUUCUGCCGCCAGAGCUGGUCCAGCUGCAGAACCUGAAGAGUCUCCUGGUCCAGCAAAACCAGUUGGAGAAGAUCCCAGAGGCGCUGGGGCAGCUGGCUGUUCUGGAGGAGCUGGACCUUUCCAAUAAUUGUCUACAAAAUAUUUCGGGAUGCAUUGGAGGUCUAACCCAUCUCAGUAGGCUCAACUUGUCAAACAACAAGCUGAAAGCUCUUCCAGCUGAAAUCAGCUCCCUGAAAAGCCUCAGACAGCUGGACUGCACAUCCAAUCUUUUGGAAGACGUCCCCGCAUCACUGGCUGGAAUGGAUUCUUUGGAACAACUAUAUCUGAAACAGAACAAGCUGACAUUUCUGCCCGAGCUUCCCAACUGCAAACUCCUGAAGGAGCUUCAUGUUGGUAACAAUCAGAUAAAUACCCUUGGCCCUCAGCACUUGUCACACUUGAGCUGUCUCAGCAUUCUGGAUCUGCGGGAUAACAAACUUAAGAGCUUACCCGAUGAGAUCGCUUUACUUAAAGGUCUGGAGCGGCUGGAUCUGACCAAUAAUGACCUGGGCAGUCUGCCUAGUUCCCUUGCAAAUCUUCAAAAUUUAAAGUCACUUCAGCUUGAAGGAAAUCCCUUGAGGGGCAUCAGGAGGGACCUUCUCAGCAAAGGAACCCAGGAACUACUGAAAUAUUUAAGAGGUCGACUUCCAGUCCCAGAUCCAAAGUCUGAGAAGGGAGAAGCUCCUGCUGUCACAGGCAUGACCCUGCCGAGUGAUGCUCUGGUGAAUACUCAUGCCAUUGCCACUCUGAAAACCUUAGACUACAGUGAUAAGCAAGCUCCGGCCAUUCCUGACACUGUCUUCAAUGCUGUUGGAAGUUCCCUCAUCACAAUUGUAAAUUUCAGCAAAAAUCAACUGAUGGAGGUCCCUGCACGACUGGUAGAACUGAAAGAUUCAGUGUGCGACGUCAACCUCGGCUUCAACAAGAUCCAGACAAUUUCGCUAAACCUGUGUAUGCUGCAGAAACUAACACACCUGGACAUGAGGAACAACUUCCUUGCAUCUCUCCCUGAUGAGCUGGAGGCGCUGACUCGGCUGCAGUCUGUCAUCCUUUCCUUUAACAGAUUUAAAACCUUCCCUGAUGUUCUGUACCGGAUCCCCACGCUGGAGACAAUACUCAUCAGCACCAAUCAAAUCGGGUCCAUUGAUCCUCUCCAACUAAUAAAACUUCCCAAACUUUCCACCUUGGACCUCCGGAAUAAUGACCUCCUGCAGAUUCCUCCGACCCUGGGAAACUGUGAAAGUCUUAGAUCUCUGAACCUGGAAGGAAAUCCUUUCAGAAACCCUCGAGCUGCUAUUUUAGCCAAAGGGACAGCAGCCGUUUUGGAAUAUCUGCGAAGUCGUCUCCCCAACUGAUCAGUGUCCAGAGAACAGGGGCUCUUAGGACUUAAAGGGGUACUCCGGUGAAAAACUUUUUUUUUAUUUAAUUUUUUUUAUCAACUGGUGCCAGAAAGUUAAACAGAUUUGUAAAUGACU